UAUUCAACCGGAAAUCCCUAAACCUUGCCACAAUCCGCCGCCGCCGCCGAUACCCACACCGCCGCCGUGCCGCCGGUCACAGACCAGCUACUCGCUCCCUAGCAAAAUCCGUCGCGUAAGGGUUCGAGUUCCCCUAAAAUUAAUUAAGUUGCAAACAAAAGGUUUUCACUGAAAAGCAUGUCUGACUCUGAGAGUAAGGCAGCUGUAGGGCUUUCGUGGCAACCUAAACUCGAUUUAUUUUCAACAACCAAAAAGGAAAAAAGUCUGGCUGAUGAAGGUUCCCUCUAUAAACCUGAAUCUCAGCUCGUUGAUGGCCUUUUCGUUCCUCCCAAUGAUCCCAGAAAGCUGAACAAAAUGGCUAGGAAACAAGUAAAGGACACUGCUGGAAAGAAUUGGUUUGAUAUGCCCGCACAAACUAUAACUCCGGAGCUUAAAAAAGAUCUCCAGCUAUUGAAGUUAAGAAGUGUGAUAGAUCCAAAGAGGCACUAUAAGAAAGGAGAUUCAAAAACACUUCCCAAGUAUUUCCAGGUGGGUACUGUGAUAGAGUCGACAUCCGAGUUCUUCUCUGGCAGACUUACUAAAAAGGAGAGAAAAGCCACUCUUGCUGAUGAGCUUCUUGCUGACAGCACUUUCCACCAAUAUAGGAAACGCAAAGUUAGGGAGAUUGAGGAGAAAAACCGGCCCGCUGGAGUGGACAAGUGGAAGAGGAAUAAGUUCAAGAAGCAUGGAAGGAGCAAUGGAAAGAAAAGCAGGCACUGAUACAGAAGCAGAUCGACAAACAAUGGACGUUCCUUGUCAAAUUUUGCUGCUUUUGGUAGCAAGUUUGGUCUCUAAUUGGAAGUGUAUGCAUCAAAUUUUGUGGUUGAUAUAUUCAGCUUUUGGAUUAA